GGUGAGUUCGUUCCUUUUUCUCGAUUAUAUACCUAUAUUCAUUUGUUUCUUGCGUAAUUUUGGUACUUUGAUCGUGUUUUUGUUCAUCCUUUAUCUUUUCGACUCACAUUUCGAGAGUGGCAUCUGAGUCGUUUCACAGCGUAACCAUGCUUACUUUGGCUGUUCCAAGUUUCAUGGAACACAGCCCAGAGGUUUGGUUUAAGAUAUUCGAGAUCGAACUGGAAAAUAAGGGCAUUACGGCGGACCGUCCGAGGUACAAUCAGCUCGUCCCACGCCUUCCUUCGUCGGUUGUGACGCUGGUUGAGGACAUUCUACUCUGCCCAUCGAAUGAGGCAAAGUAUGAAACAAUGAAGCAAGCGAUUUUAAAAGAGUUACGGCCCAGCGCACGAACUCGAUUUGAGCAGCUCAAUGGUCUCAAGCUUGGAGAUCGCAAGCCGUCGGCGUUGCUCCGCGAACUUCAGCGCAUCGCUGGUCCCUUAUUCUUGAGCGAAGAAGGGAUAAAGGAGCUGUGGUUUGCACGUCUCCCAGAGCCAUUGCCGGUAUUGCUGUCCAUGUUUAUAGAUACACCCCUGAAAGAAUUAGCUACCAAGGCAGACGCUGCGUUCGAACGUUUUCCGCAGCAGACGACCAGUAGCUCCGGUGACGUAUUCUCACCGAUGAAAACCGAAUCUCAUGUUUGCUCCCAGUCGUUAGGCCGAUCUGACUCUAAAGACGAGGAAAUUGCGCUACUUCGCAGCAGGAUAGCAGCAAUGAAGGCUUCGAAGCAGCGUGUGCCACGGUCAAAUGCUGACCACGUUUUGGCUACCGUUCAUUGCGGCUCGUCUGUGCCUGCACCGAGUACGUCACGUUCGGCACGAAAGCGCAACAUUUUCCCUACAAGUUCUCAGUCAGAUAAUGUCAAACCCGUCGAAGAAGUAUGUUGGUAUCACCGCCAAUACGGUGGAAGAGCUAGACGUUGUCGGGCUCCCUGCAUUAGGCACGACCCAGCUGCUUCAGGGAAAACGAAUAGCCCGCAUACUAGCACGACAAACGUAUCAUUCAAUAACCAAGCAAACCGACUGUUUUACGUUAAGGAUCGACGUUCUUCCAUCACUUUCCUCAUCGACACGGGAGCGGAAGUCAGCGUCAUCCCAGCGACCGCUAACGACAAGCACUCAGAGCCUACGUACAAUUUGCGUGCGGCCAACGGUUCUCCGAUAGCUUCAUUCGGUCAGCGCAUGAUGAACCUGGACCUCAAUCUUCGCCGAGAUUUUCAGUGGGUCUUCAUGGUUGCGUCUGUACCCUUCGCAAUUAUCGGUAUCGACUUCCUCCGACAUUUUGGGUUGCUUGUUGAUGCUGGUCGCCACAGACUUUUAGACGACCGUACUAAACUAGGGGUUGAAGGCGUUCUUACGGACGCCCCGAUAAUCAGUCCCGUUUUUCGAAUCGCCGAUGUACCGUCAGAUUAUGCGAACCUACUGUCUGAAUACCCGCGACUGGUACGACCAGCUGCAGAGCUUCCGCCAGUCACGACAGAGGUCGCUCAUCACAUAGUCACGCGUGGUCAGCCAGUUAGCGCACGACCAAGACGGCUUGCUCCUGACAAACUACGUGCAGCACGAGCUGAAUUCGACCACAUGCUUCAGCUCGGUAUCGUCAGACCGUCCAACAGCCCAUGGGCGUCGCCUCUGCACAUGGUCCCGAAGAAGGUCAUGGGGGACUGGCGUCCUUGCGGCGACUAUCGAACCUUGAAUACGGUUACCACGCCUGAUCGCUAUCCGAUCCCACACAUAGUGGAUCUCACCGCCAGUCUGGCGGGUAAAAAUAUCUUCAGCAAAAUCGACUUGGUACGCGCAUACAACCAAAUUCCGGUAGCCGAAGCGGACAUCGCUAAAACUGCCGUGACGACUCCAUUUGGUUUGUUCGAGUUUCUGCGCAUGCCAUUUGGCCUAAAGAACGCCGCGCAAACUUUUCAGCGCUUCAUCGACCAAGUUUGUCGCGGCUUAGACUUCGCUUACGCGUAUCUCGAUGACAUUUUAAUCGCAAGCUCUUCACGAGAAGAGCACAUGCGCCACGUACGAACACUUUUUGAUCGUUUAUCUCAACACGGGGUGACGAUCAACGCAGAAAAGUGUUCGUUUGGUGUCGAUUCAGUCAACUUCCUCGGCCAUCGUAUCUCCUCUGCAGGCGUCGUGCCACUGCAGGAUAAAAUUCAAGCCAUCAUCGACUACCCCGAGCCUCAUUCUUUCAAACAGCUCAGGCGUUUUGAUGGCUUGUCAACUUUUACCGACGAUUUAUACCCAACUGCGCCUCGCUGAUGCAACCCCUCACGGACCUUCUCCGAGGGAAACUCAAGAAAUUCGAAUUUCCUGCCGCAGCACGCGCUGCUUUUAAGUCGCUGAAAGAGGCUAUCGCCAACAUAGCUUCUAUAGCGCAUCACGAUCCGGCCGCCCCACUGUCCCUCAGUACUGACGCCUCGGACGUGGCAGUCGGCGCUGUUUUGCAGCAACGAGUAGCCGACACGUGGCAGCCCUUAGCGUUUUUCUCCAAACGCCUACAACCUACCGAAUCUCGCUACAGCACGUUCGGUAGAGAACUACUAGCCGUAUAUCUAGCGAUACGUCACUUUCGACACGUCCUAGAAGGCCGCUCCUUUGUCGUCUUCACCGACCACAAACCCCUGACUUACGUGCUCGGCUCGACUACCGACCGAUACUCUCCUAGAGAGUCGCGCCACCUUGACUAUAUCGCUCAGUUUACGACCGAUAUACGGCAUGUCUCAGGUGUGCACAACGCCGUCGCCGAUGCACUUUCCCGCAUCCAAGCUAUCUCCGCUGACGCCGGCACUGCUAUCGACUUGGCAGCCAUGGCCACAGCACAACUCAACGAUCCUGAGGUUGAUCUACUACGCAGGUCUCCCUCAUUGGACAUACGACCCGUUCCGCUGACAUCAUCAGACGGAACUAUACUCUGCGAUUUAUCUCUGGGCACGCCGCGCCCAGUCGUCCCACGCGAGUUUCGGCAGACCGUGUUCGACACGUUGCACGGCUUGUCUCAUCCAGGCGUUCGUGCAUCGGUUAAACUCGUAACCGCACGAUUCGUUUGGCGCAAUGUUAAUCGGGACGUCCGUACUUGGGCAGCUGCUUGCCUUCCGUGUCAACGCGCGAAGGUGCACAAGCACACGAGAAGCCCAUUAGGCACGUUUCCGACGCCAGACGCACGUUUUCAUCACGUGCACGUCGACCUCGUAGGUCCUCUGCCGCCUUCCAAAGGCUCUGUGUAUCUACUGACCUGUGUCGAUCGAUUCACUAGGUGGCCGGAAGCUAUUCCCAUACCUAACUGCUCUUCGGAAACAGUAGCGAAAGCUUUUCUGGAGCGCUGGGUAGCUCAAUACGGCUGUCCCGCCAUCGUGACCACCGAUCGAGGGUCACAUUUCUCGUCAACCUUUGCCACGUUGCUUAAGGAUUUAGGCUGUCGCCACGUUCAGACGACAGCGUAUCAUCCGGCCGCUAACGGCAUGGUGGAGCGUUUUCACCGCCAGUUGAAGGCAGCGCUACGUGCGCACGCAGAUCCUUCAUGGUCUGAAACGCUUCCCCUCGUUCUCCUAGGCUUAAGAAACACGGUUAAAACCGAUUUCGACGCCACACCAGCGCAGCUAGUCUACGGUUGCACGCUGCGGUUGCCCGGACAGCUGGUAGCACCAGCCCCAUGUACUUCCACUUUUGACUACGGAAGUUACACUGAUCGAUUGGCUCACCAGAUGCGUGAGCUACGUCCACCCGCUCCUCGAUCGCAGAAGACACCAGUGUACGUGCCCGAGAAGCUGUCUACGUGUUCACACGUCCUUCUUCGCGCAGACGGUGUUCGACAGCCUCUUCAGUCGCCGUACAUAGGACCUUUCAAGGUGCUACAUCGUGCGAGUAAGGCGUACACUAUUGACCGCGGUGGUCGACGCGAAGUCGUCACCAUCGACCGUCUGAAACCCGCCUUUAUGGAAGAAACUACCUCGCCUACUUCGUCUAGUAGUGCUUCGUGCGACGUCACAACUCACCGCACCAGCUUACAGCAUCCUAGUGCAGUUCAACCAGACCACGAUCUCGGUCUACAAGCUUCAGCCGUCCCGACAUCUCCCGAAUCUAGUCCGCCGCCUCCCACGACCAAUCGCCGUGGUCGGGAGGUGCGUAAGCCCGUUCGUUUCUCCGACUAUGUACAGUGUAAAUACUUUUAGCUUUGUAGAUAUUGUAUAUAUUUGCCCCAUUUUUGGUCGAUUAACGUUUUGAAAACAAACAAAAAUAUCAAAAACCUCCGAAAACCUUUUUCGAAAAAAUAUUCAAAAACCAAAAAAUUUAAACACGCAGAUCAUUCGUUUGUUCUUUUUGGCGUUUUCUGCGCGUGUUUUUCUAUUUCUCGUCUCUACAUGCCCCAAACCCUCCCCUUCGAUCGACUGGCCCACACGAGGAAUGUUUUCGAGGACCCUGGCGCGAACGCUGGUCGCUUCUCCGCGCGACGAGUGCCGCUUCUCCACGAAACGGUUGUCGUUUCUCCGCAGGACGAGUGUCGCUUCUUCGCGGGACGAGCGUCGCUUCUCCGUGGGACCAUGGUCGUUUCUUCGUGGGACGAGGGUCGUUUUGGCGCGGGGCGGGGUGCGGCGGGGGGAGAGACCACUCCCAAGCGCACCGUUUGGCAGCAGCGGAGGUUGAGGUCCUGUCGGCCUUUUUCUGGGCUAGCCAGUUUUUUGUAGUCCGACAAGCCCGCUCCAACGGCUCGCCGAAAUGCACCCUGCCCUGCAAUCAAUAAAUAACAAAUCACAAACGGCACAGCGGACUCCGACUUCCGACGAACCCCCAUUUACACGAACGCUCGCUCAUUUUUACUCGGCACGAUUUUGCCUUACGAACCUUGUUUCAACAGUCCUUUUCGAUUUCGAAGGCUUUCUAUGUUCAGCCUUCUAGGGGGGAGCUCUGUAGCGCCCUAAAAGAUAACUGCUAUCUUUCAUGUACAAUUUAAUUGUUGACCGAUUGUACAUUACUCCUUCUUGUUUUAAUCUUCCUUACAACCGGCUCGUCACUCGACAGCCUUGUAAGUUCCCGCGCUCACGUGUUCGCUCUCGUCUCGCUUCAUCCGUCCGCUUCUUAUUGUAGCCCAUCGAAUACAGUCCGCUGUGUCCGACUCC